ACGAAAGCGGGUUGGGGAUGAAACGACGCAGUUUCGUCGACCGGGUAUAAGUACGCAGUUUCAGCACUCAGCCUUCUCCGAACCACCGCCUCUACCACCGAGGACCUUCCAACACCUCAGCCUCUACCCGCAGCCUCCGACCGCCACUCCCACCUUCCGCAAUGGGCCAUUUUUAUCCCCAUCAGAUCUUGUUAGCACUUGUUGCUCUAGCUGCUGCAGCUUACCUGCAUCUUUUCUGUGACAUCCCAACCUACACCAUUCUCCUUGCUUGGGAAGUAUCUACUUUUGCCGUCUGUGGGUAUUUAGCGGCUGCAGAUUUCUUCUCAACACCCAGAUCCGAGUUUGUUGUGGAGCAACUUUAUCGUUAUGGGUUGCGGUUUAGUGUUCUGGCUAUGCUUGGAUGUCUGACCGAGGACACCUUUGGAUUUGGAAUGAGAGUAAUCUGUGGCGGCUCCCUCCCUCACCUGUUUCCUCUAUAUGACAUCCUUGUCAUCAUGUAUCUUAUGCGAUCAGUUAAGCAGAAUGACUUGAAGUUGGAGAAGAAGAUGGUGGCUGCUGAGAAGCUUGGUGGGCGCACUAGUUCUCUUACAACUUGAAGUAACAGUUUCAUGUGCUUUUAAAAGCAGAUUGGAUUGCUCAGGCUGUACUUCCUUUAGUUUAAUUUUUGUUUUCCAGCCUACUGUUUAGUGCUCUGAUUCUUCAUUUUGUGAAGUGUUACCUUGUGGGCGGUCACAUAAGGCUUGCCGAUGUGAUGUUCUAGCCUCAGGGAGAUCGGAUUGUAGUAGCUUUGUUAAUAUUUCAGUAAGCGGGAAAUAGUGUUAAAUCCCUAGAUGUCUGUACUUUCUGUUGAUUCUAGCGAAUCUUGCUGAUGUUAUGCAUAGUGAUUUCUAAGUCCCUAACCCUUUUCAUGGC